AUGCUUCCUCUUUCAAUGAAUUCUUCAUUCUUUCGUUCGGGAUUUUUUCUUUCUUUCCUUCCUGGAUGCUUUAAAAUUCCUUUUAACUCAUCUAGUUUUACUGCAUUUCACGAAGGUCAUCGCUUUAUUAUCUUGUUACUCUCAUAUUUCUUUCUUUCUUUCUUUCUUUUUUCUUUCUUUCUUUCUUUCUUUCUUUCUCCCACAGAUUUAAUUUCUUUCCAUUUCCCCCUUCUAUUCGUCAUUAGAUUGCUUACCACGGCGCUAUUGCCGACACUCCCAUCUAUCUAUCUAUCUAUCUAUCUAUCUAUCUACCUAUCUAUCUAUCUAUCUAUCUAUCUAUCUAUCCUAGUCUGUUCAUAUCUAUCUAUCUAUCUAUCUAUCCUAGUCUGUUCAUAUCUAUCUAUCUAUCUAUCUAUCUAUCUAUCUAUCUACCCUAGUCUGUUCAUAUGUAUCUAUCUAUCCUUGUUUAUUUAUUUACAUCUAUCUAUCUAUCUAUCUAUCUAUCUAUCUAUCUAUCUAUCUAUCUAUCUACCCUAUUUUUCGACACACACACACACACACACAUAUAUAUAUGUCCUACCCACCCGCAUUCAUUGCCUAUAUAUAAUGCUGUCAAUGUCUCUCCCUUCCUCUCACUUCCGCUCUUUAUCUAUUCUUUCCAUUUUCUAUCUUUUUGACUUCCAGAUAUCUUCAUAUUGCUACUUUCUGUGUUUACAUAUGCACACACGGAAGCGCUUUCCCCUUCAUAUCUAUCUAUCUAUCUAUCUAUCUAUCUAUCUAUCUAUCUAUCUAUCUAUCUAUCUAUCUAUCUCAUCUUUAUACAGAACUACAUCAAAGGAAAGAACUUAA